AAUGUGACACAUAACUGCAAGUGCAGCUUUAUGGAGUCAUUUGUAACAUAUUUUUUGGCACAAAUGGAACUCCACACUGCUUGAGAGUGAGGCCCUGAUCAGCCAAAUCACAACAUGAAACUGUAUUGUUUGUUACCUCAGAGGAGUUUUAGCCUCCUGAUGAACAUGUGCACACAGGAAUCGGUUUACAGGGAUUAAAUCUAACAUGCUGCAUAUGUCUGGCUGAGCUGAAAGACUGAAACCUUUUGGGAGCAAUAAUCCUGAGCUCCUMUGCCGAGGUUUCCAAGGGUAUGUGGCCACCAGUUGUGGCUGCUUUGCUGCCAUGUGAUCCACUGCUGGGUUUAAAAGCUUAUGAGAAGAGAAGCAGCACACAAUUCCCCACUGACUGUCGUCUAAAAAGCACACAUCAAAAAAAGACUAAGGCGCUGCAUCCUCAAACAUGUCGGGCACGGAGGACGCCGCAUACGAAGGGCAACCCGACAAUUCUGAGGAAACCGAAGGAGAUGAGGCAAAGCCUAAGCAAAAGCCUGGUUUCGUUCCUGGCUUGGUGCCUCCUAAGAUCCCAGAUGGAGAGAAAGUCGACUUUGAUCAAACCCAGCCUGGGACAAAAAGGCAAACAGAGAGAGAAAAGAAGAGGACGGUUCUGAACGACCGCCGCAAAGAGCUGAACAUUGACCACCUUAAAGAGGACAAACUCAGAGAAAAAGCGAAGGAACUGUGGGACUGGAUGCGCCAGCUGGAGGCAGAGAAAUUUGAACUACAGGACACGUACUCAAAGCAGAAGUAUGAGAUCACAGUGCUGAGAAACCGAGUCAGUGAUCACCAGAAAGUCUCAAAGGGCAGCAGAAGCAAACGAGGCCUGAGGAAGUAACACCUGGGAUCUACUGCAUGGGAAACUGGCAACAACCAGGCAUCCUGGGAWUACCGAGAGUGACUUUAACUACAAGAUGACGCUUUCUAAAUAU